AUGAGAAGCUGUGGGACGUGCUGCCGGAGGGUGUAUAAAGGUCCUGGCUGUGGCUGGGAGCCCUGGCCCCUGCUUCUGUCUGCCCCAGAGAGGAGCAUCUAGAUCGAGGUACCGGCCAUGUCCCAGCUGGUGGAGUGCGUCCCCAACUUCUCGGAGGGGAAGAACCAGGAGGUGAUUGAUGCCAUCUCAGGAGCCAUCGCGCAGACCCCGGGAUGUGUGCUGCUGGACGUGGACGCCGGCCCCUCCACCAACCGCACCGUGUACACCUUUGUGGGGCCGCCAGCGUGCGUGGUGGAGGGGGCCCUCAAUGCGGCCCGCACUGCCUCCCGGCUCAUCGACAUGAGCGGGCACAGAGGGGAGCACCCUCGCAUGGGGGCCCUGGAUGUCUGCCCCUUCAUCCCUGUGAGGGGCGUCAGCAUGGACGAGUGUGUGCUCUGCGCCCAGACCUUUGGCCAGCGGCUGGCAGAGGAGCUGGCCGUGCCAGUGUACCUGUACGGCGAGGCGGCCAGGAUGGACAGUCGCCGGAUCCUGUCGGCCAUCCGGGCUGGGGAGUAUGAGGCCCUCCCCAAGAAGCUCAAGCAGGCCGAGUGGGCACCUGACUUUGGCCCCAGCUCCUUCGUCCCCAGCUGGGGGGCCACGGUCACAGGGGCCAGGAAGUUCCUCAUCGCUUUCAACAUCAACCUACUCAGCACGAAGGAGCAAGCCCACCGCAUCGCCCUCAACCUUCGGGAGCAGGGCCGAGGGAAGGACCAGCCGGGACUUCUGAAAAAGGUUCAGGGCAUCGGCUGGUACCUGGCUGAGAAGAACCUGGCUCAGGUGUCCACCAACCUCAUGGACUUUGAGGUCACGGCGCUGCACACGGUCUAUGAGGAGACUUGCCGAGAGGCGCGGGAGCUGAGCCUCCCGGUGGUGGGCUCACAGCUGGUCGGCCUGGUGCCCCUGAAGGCUCUGCUAGAUGCAGCUGCGUUCUACUGCAAGAAGGAGAACCUCUUCAUCCUGGAGGAGGCGCACCGGAUCAGGCUGGUGGUGAACCGGCUGGGCCUGGACUCCCUGUCCCCCUUCAACCCCAAAGAGCGGAUCAUCGAGUACCUGGUCCCUGACUCCGGGCCUGAGCGCGGCCUGGGCGACAAGUCCCUGCGCGCCUUCGUGGACGAGGUGGGCGCCCGCUCGGCGGCUCCCGGGGGCGGCUCAGUGGCGGCGGCUGCUGCGGCCAUGUCUCCCCUCCCGCAGGGCGCGGCGCUGGGCUCCAUGGUGGGGCUCAUGACCUACGGGCGGCGCCAGUUCCAGCCCCUGGAUGCCACGAUGCGGCGCCUGAUCCCGCCCUUCCGCGAGGCCUCGGCCAAGCUGACCGCGCUGGUGGACGCGGACGCCGAGGCCUUCGCCGCCUGCCUGCAGGAAGCAAUGAGGCUGCCCAAGAAUACACCUGAGGAAAAGGACAGGCACACGGCAGCCCUGCAGGAGGGACUGAGGCGGGCAGUCUCUGUGCCCCUGACGCUGGCGGAGACGGUGACCUCACUCUGGCCGGCACUACAGGAACUGGCCCAGUGUGGGAACCUGGCCUGUCGGUCAGACCUCCAGGUUCUUUACAGGAAAGACUGUUUUCUGCGUCUGGUCCCAGAGAACUGUCCCGCUCAGUCCCCGGGAAGUGGCCCUGGGCAGUGGACGGGCCUUUAGCCUGAGGCUGCCUCCAGGAGAUGGCUUUGCCUCUAGAACCGUGGUCCUGGCUCCUAGAGUGGCAGAGCCACCAUGAGGCCUGCUUGGGUAAGAGGUGUCUGAGCUCAGUGACGGAGGAAGCCAGGAGCCCUGCUGAGCUUGGUCUCCCCUCUGUGGGGUGAGCCUGGGGACUGUGCCGGGCGCCUUGUCUCCAGGGCACUGAGGCAGAGACCCUCCUCCUGGCAGUUUUUGCAGUCUUAUCUGUGUAGGCCAGCUCUGCCCUUGGCGAGCACGAUCCCUGGGGUGCUUGCAGGUGGCGGCCAAAGC